AUGACAUGGGCAAUGGUGAUGACUUGCUCGUCAAAAGAGGAGAGCCUGUGCCUCUUGACUUUGAAGGCCCAAUCUUGGUUUGUACUAGAAAUGAUGAUCUCGACGCUGUUCUUGAGUCCACUCCAAGGGCCAGAUGGAACGAAUGGAAUGCUGGAACCAUGGCUUGAAAGUAAAGGUCUUGGUGAUGCGAACCAAGUGUUGGCAUAUUUUGCUGUCUCCAAGCUGGGAGAACCUCCAGUUGAUGGAAUAACCGAUGCCAAUCCUGAAGGACUGACAGCAUCAUAUGGGAAGUGGGCAUCUGCAGUGGCUGACAGAUUACAUGCUGGAGGCCUCACUUGCAAGUUCCAGAACAUUUAUACACCAUGGAAAUACACCAUGGUGGUUACUUUGACAAGAUGCCUGAUGGUACCAAGAAGUACAAAGUGGCUCGGUUCAACAAGGAUGGUGGGAAAAUUUGGCUAGACGGUCUAGAUCCGGAUCUGAUUGCAUGGACAGAGUUUGGAAACAUUGCUUGGGAUCUUGGGUACAGGGAGAAGCCAAUUUCGUACUUCUACAAGAUGCCUAGGACUUACUGCAAUGAGGGAUGGAUGCCAAUUAGAAACGACGCAGAUGCAGUUGAGAUGGUGAAGCUUAUUCCACUGAAGACAAGGCAGAUUAGUGUCUUCAUUACUGGUGGUGGGAGGAGGAGGAAGAAGGAGGCUGAGGAGGAUGAUUUGAGACCAAAGGACCCAAAUUGGGAGAAUCCGUUGAAUAAGUUAACAGCAGCAGAGAGAGGGAAGGUGGAAGUGGAAGCAAACAUUGCUGGGAGCAAGUUAAAUAGGCCAAGUGUGGCAGGUUGUGGUUCAAGUAGAGUUAAUGUGGUUGGUGCUGGAGAUGUUAAUGCAAGGCAAGAAGGGGUUAGCCACAAGGCCAAGGCACAUGUGGUCAUUAAUUUGGAUUCAGAGUCAGACUUGGAAGCUAGUGAGGGUGGAAGGCAACAAAGUCACGGGACCUUUACUGGUCUUAGUGAGUUGGUGCCAGAUUUGUUUGCUUCUCAAAGUGUGGGAAAAGCUGGAAAUGACAAUUUUGGACAGGGGCAAAGGAAUAAGGCCGAGGAGCAAGGUGAACUAAGAGGGGUAUAUAGCGGAUUCUACAACAAAUUCAUUCCAAGACCUAGAGAGAAACAUACCGUGCAAAAGAGGUGGCAAGGAAGGCUGCUACCUUGUGUGCUUGCUGCUGAACAACAAGAACCAGAAGCAGCUCAAGUUCAAUCAGCAGAACCAAGUGAGGUUGAAGCAGAUCCAAGCCAACCUCAAGCAAAGGAAGCUGAAGCUGAACCAAGUGAGGUUGAACCAAGCCAACCUCAAGCAAAGGAAGCUGCAAAGGAACCAAGUGAGGUUGAAACAGAUCCAAGCCAACCUCAAGCAAAGGAAGCUGCAAAGGAACCAAGUGAGGUUGAAACAGAUCCAAGCCAACCUCAAGCAAAGGAAGCUGAAAUUGAAGCUGAAUCAAGUCAAUUUCAAGAUGCUCCACCAAGCCAAGACUUUGAAGACACACCACAUGGUGAGGAUGUCAUAAGGGAAGAACAACCAAGGGUGGAAAGUGGUGGUCAGAAGGGAGAAAGGCCAAGGGCUGUAUCCGGGGAGAAGAAGAGCAAGAAACAGAACAAGGGGGUAGGCAAGGGGAAGAAAGUUGCAGAAUCUGAGAAGGGGAAGAAGGUUCCAGAAUUUGAGAAGGAGAAUAAGCAAAAGUUCAGUGAAGCUGAGAAGGGCAAGAAGGUGGGUGUUGAUUCUGGUGGGGCUGCUUCCAAGAAGAAGGGGAGACCAACAAAAGAACCGAGGUACAAAACUAGGAAGAGUAGUUCAAAGGUUUAUGAGCAAGUUGAAGAUUUUGAUUCCAGCUCUGAGGGUUCAGAUUUCUUCAUUGAUAGUGAUUUUGAUCCACAAGAUUCUGAAGAUGAUGUGGAGUUUGAAGCCAAUGUGUCAAAUCCCACAGUGGUUGAAGAAUAUGAAGACAUGGGAUUUAGAGGACAAUGUAGUGAUGAAGGUGGAGAAACAGAUGAAGAUCUAGGUAGUUUGCAGGGUUCUGAAACAGAGGAAGAUGAGGAAGGGAAUCCACUUCAGAUCCCCACUUGGAGAGGUAUUAAGCUGAAGAGUUGGAAUAGAAGAGUGGACUUGAAGAACCCUACGUUUGUGGUUGGCCAUGUGUUUGCAAACAAUGAGGUACUCAAAGAAGCUAUAAGGGAGUGUGGUCUAGUGACAAGAAGAGGGUUGUGGUUUCAGAAGAACAGUAAACAGAAAAUAGAGGUUAAGUGUCAGCUUGGCUGCCCUUUUUGGCUGUAUGCAAGCAACAUUGCAGAGCUUGGCCCAUCCACACUUGUCAUCAAGACUCUGAAAGAUGAGCAUAAUUGUUCCCACCUUACACACAGUCAUCACCUGACUUACAAUAGAGUAGCCAAGGAGGUCCAAGCAGACUUGUUGGUGGAUGAAGAUUGGUCCAGAAAAGGGAUUCAAAACCAUAUCCAGAAGAAGUUCAAUUUGGAUGUGAGUGUGCAGAAAGUUUCAAGGGGGAAAAACAAGGCUAAAAGGAUGAAUGAGGGGCAUUACAUAGAUCAGUAUAACAAGUUGGCAAGUUACAAGAAAGAGCUGUUGAGGAGUAACCCAGGAUCCACAGUGGUAAUAAAGACUGAAAUGGUAGGGGAGGUGAGGAGGUUUCAUAGGAUGUAUGUUUGUUUAGCUGCCUGCAAGAAAGGGUGGAUUGAAGGUUGCCGACCCAUUAUUGGUUUGGAUGGCUGCCAUAUAAAGGGUCAUCACCCAGGGCAGUUGUUGUGUGAGAGGAAUUGAUGUGGAGAAGAUAAGGAUGGAAUUGAUGGUUCGAAUGGCAAAUAGAAGAGUGGCAGCACAGAGAUGGAAGGAUAUGGUUGGUCCAAGGAUUAAGAAGAUUAUUGACAAAGUGGCUGAGAGGACUAGCUGUUACAGAGCCUAUCAUUCGGGGGAGUUUGAGUUCCAAAUUACUGGAGGGGGAGAUCAUGGCAGCAAGCAUGCAGUGGACUUGAGGAUGCACACAUGUACAUGUAGGAGGUGGCAGUUGAGUGGCAUUCCUUGUGUGCAUGCUAUUUGUGCUAUUAGAACCAAAAAGGCAGAUCCUGCUCUCUUUUGUGAUGAUUACCUACUACCUUCUACCUACAUGGAGUCAUACAACCCAAUUAUUCAUCCCAUUGCUGGUGAGGAUGAUUGGGAACAAGUGGAUUAUCCAAUAGCACCUCCCCCUUACAAGAAGCAAGCUGGCAGACCAAAAAUGAAGAGAACUAAGGAGCCAGGUGAGAACAAGCAACCUCCACCAGCCCCUAACACAACCAAAAUGCCAAGAACCUACUCCAAGAUGACAUGCCAAGUAUGCUUCAAAAAAGGGCAUAAUAGAUUGGGCUGCCCAAUCACAAAGGCAAAGAAAGCAGGAGCACAACAAGCAGGAGAAGGGAGCUCCAAUGCAGCCAAGGAAAAUAAGAAAAGGUCAAGGCAGCAGGCAGCAAAAGUUCCAGCUUCAAAGGGGAGGCCCAGCUUGAAUGAUAAUAUCAUCAAGUCCAGGAAGGGUUGGAAGAAGAUGAAAACCAUGGAGGGCUGCCAAGGUGCCAAUGCAGGGCCUUCUAGUUCACAAACUAGGCAUGAUCCUCCAACACAAAGCAGCCAAAAUCCUGCAGCAAAAAAUGCAACGCAGCAAGUCCAAACUGAAUCUGAAUGGGCAGGGUUUUGAGGCAAGUUGUUAAGAAAAAGCAGAUAGUUGGGGUUGUUUUUGUUGUUUUUGUUUUGGCAUCACCCAGGUUAUGAUGCAAUGAACAAACAAUGACAUUGCUGUUGGUUUGUCAACCA